UAUCCUGUAAAGUUAGUAUCGGCGACAUUACCGCGGUUCAAUUAAUUAGUGUUAUAAGUUUUAUUUUUUUACCGCCAAUUCUUAACAUUCAUAGACAACAAAGUGAAAAAAAUAUCACAAAAUGUUCAUUCAAUUAUUUAUUUUAUUUCUUUUUACGCACAGUAUUAAUUGUUGGAUAUUCAAUAAUAUAAAAAAUGGAAUUAUUUCACGGAGACAUAGUUUCAACGGAUUUGAUGACGAUGAUAUUACUCCAAAUGACUUGGCUGACCUAAGAAUAAGUUUAAUUUAUCCAGGUACAAAAUGGUGUGGAGCAGGUAACAUAGCAGAUGGAUACGAUGAUUUGGGCACUGAAGAGGAGGCAGAUUUUUGUUGCCGAGAACACGACAAUUGCCCUGAUGUUAUAUUAGCUGGAGAAUCAAAAUAUAACCUUACGAACAAUGCAUUUUAUUCCAGAUUAUCCUGCCAAUGUGACUUAACAUUCAGAAAAUGUUUGCAUGACGCUCAGACGAAAACUGCUAAAAAAAUCGGGCUCGUUUACUUUGAUGUUUUGGGCACGAAAUGUUUCAGAGAAGAUUAUCCUACCACAGGCUGUAAAAAAAGGAGCGGGUGGUUGAAACAAAAGUGCGUCGAGUAUUCUUAUGACGAGACAGCUCCGAAACGAUACCAAUGGUUCGAUGUCCCUAAUUACAACUGAACUACCAAAGAUAACCGGAUGAUCUCUAAUAAAAUUAAUGCAAAUUAAA